AGCCAGUGCAUAUUUGUUCUGCUAAAAUUGGAAUAAUAUAUUUUUUUAAUAGUAAGUUACUCCAAAUAGCUUGAUCUUGACUUCAUUUUUUUAUUUUUUUUUGUGUAUAAGGUAUGGAGUUUCCACGGGUAUGCGUACAUCCGGAGCCAGAAGUGUAUGAUGUGUUAACAUUCCAGGAGAAGCAUCGAUCAUAGGCUGUGUGGGAUGGUGCCUUGAGAGGACCGACCGGAUGCCUGUUUCCUCAACGCGCGGAUACCGAAUUUUGGAAGCACGUGAGGCGUCAUCCUUUUCAUCCUCGCAUCCUUGACUAUUUUGGCCUGUGUGGAUUUAGGGGAGUAGUAGAAGUAGGAUGUGUAUCAUAUGAUUGGGCAGUCAUCACUGCACUUAUAGAGAGAUGGCGUCCUGAGACGCACACCUUUCAUCUGCGUACAGGUGAGGCGACCAUCACAUUACAAGAUAUUGAGCUCAUGUUUGGCUUGGUUGUUGAUGGUAAUCCCUUGAAUGAUCUUAAUGCUAGAAAUAUAAGUAUUGUUGGGUGGCAACAAUUGAUCCAUGAGCUUACUGGUUGGGCACGCGGUCUGGAUUGUUUUAAUGGUGUUAGUAGGUUAGAAGUAAAUAAAUUAAUUGAAUAUAUUAGAGACUUAGAUGACAUUACAGAUCAGACCCCAGAAAUUGAUGUGCAACAGCGGGUUAGGUUGUACUUGCUAUGGCUUUGUGGCGGCACGAUAUUUCCGGAUAAGUCCAGUGACUUACUUAAUUUAGACUAUUUGCUUGACAUGCGUGACCUUAGAGCAAUGAGUAGACAAGCUUGGGGAGCGGCUGCAUUGUCAUAUUUGUAUACUUGUUUAUGUCGCGCUUCGUUGAGGAAAGCCAAGGAUGUGUGUGGAUUCAUUUCCUUAUUGCAGGUUUGGGCUUGGGAGCGAAUUAUACCGAUGCAGCCACCACCCAGGGCCCUUCAGCCACACACGGCUCUUGCACGAAAGUGGACUCAUCGUAAAGCUCGCGAAAAUGAGGCACGUGUUGUGCUACCCAUAUGCCAUAUGUAG